UCGCCUGGUGGUACACCUGUUGUGCGACAUACCAGGGCACAUGCUGGCUCAGACGAGGGGAAUUACUUGGCGAAUGCACUUCGCGAAAAGUUUCGCGCAGUGCAAGAAACGCUCUCCGAACACGAAGAUGAUGUCAACAACUCCAGCUGGUUAGAAGAUGAUGCAGAUUUUUAG